UUCUGGUUUGGCAAACUGACUUCAUCCCGUGACUGCGCUGAGCUUAAGUGGUGCGGUUUGAACCCGGGCAGGGCCAGUGACAUAUUUCCUCCGCAAAUCAUGUAUCAACAACAGAGCAGAGCCCACCAGAGAGAGGCCUAACCCAAGUUUUCAUUCAUGGCCUCUCUGUUUAUCCCCAGAUGCUUUGUGUUUUAGAACCACAUUCUAUUGGUAGAUUACUCUGCUGAAAAGAUCGCACCUCCGGCACGCGGCUCUGCUUGCAGUUCACGCCACUUGCAUUGUCGACUGUCGUGAUUACUAGCUCUCCAUCAACAAACAUUUUGCUUCUUGUUUACUGCAAAACAAGCAUUCCUCGUUCAUCAAGUGACAGACACUAUGGCCUGAUGACACGAAAACAUUUCAAUGACAGCCGUUGAAUAACUGUAGCCCUCGAGGCUCAGAGAACUCUAUCCUUCAAAUAUGCCGUUUUCCCUUCCCUCGUUCGCCCAGAAGCUAGUGUUGAGGUAUGCUCUGUCGCGGCUAGGGCUGGUGGAUACAGAUACCUUGGAUCUGGCGACCUUGGGCAUUACAUGGGGCCAAAGGAGCACUUUUGAGCUUCGAAAUGUCGGUUUAAAGCUAGAGAAGCUCUCCGCGCAUUUACCGCCGUACUGCACCUUGACAAAAGGAAGUGUGUCUCUCCUUCGUGUUACCGUCCCGGCAAAUCUCCACAAUAGCUCAAUCAUCGUAGAGGUCGACGGCGUAGACGCUCGUGUGAGACUGCUCCCUGAUAAACCUGAACAAAAUGCCCCUCCGACAAGGUCCAAAGGGACUGCUGAAGACGAAGGCCAGGAUGGCCACAGCGUAUUGCCAUCCACCGCGGACCUUGCACAAUCCUUUUUAGAAUCAGAGCCAAAAGAGGAGACGGAAGAGCUACAAGCUGCGAUAUUGUCGCAGUCACAAUAUCCUGAACAUUUAGACGCGCAGAGCGACGAUGGAGAAGAAGAUCUUGGUUUAUAUGACGGGUUAUCGCUCCCUGCCUUCAUCGCUGGAUUCUUGAAGGGUGUGAUCGAUCGACUGCAGCUCAAUAUUGCCAAUGUGUCGUUACGAGUUGAUACAGAGGUGCAGCGUGAUGGGGUUCUCAAGGAUGAAACGCAGGACCCGAUUUCGGGACUGUUCACUAUCCAAGAGAUUGCUAUUGAUAGUACUGCAACAUCGGCAUCAGAGGACUCAAGGCUUAAAAUUGGAAAACGUAUGGUGUCUCUAUCAGGGAUCCAUGCUAUGAUAAUGUCGGAUGCAGAAGUAUUCUCAAAUUAUUCUCGCUUUAAUGCCCCUGAUAUCCCAUCCACAGUCCAUUCUAAAUCUACCCAUACGCCUUUGCGACCUCGAUCUCCCCAGCCUUCUUCUUCAGGCUCCGAUUCUUGUGGCGAUAUGUCCCGUUCAACGAUUCUCGACCCAUCAUCUAUGUAUGGGUCACGGCUCACCGUUGAUUCCCAUGGAGAUGAGAGCCGACAUCUUGAAUCUUCUGUUUACUCAACCACGGGAAGAUUCUCUGAUGCUGACUCUGAUGACGAGAACGAUCUUGAAUUUUACUCCCAGGCCACCACGGGGAUGUUAGACAGUCACUAUGACGAGCGUUUGUUAGACAAUCCAGCGUAUUUAGACGAAGCUCUCAAGUCCCAAUUCGACGACCACCUUGAAGACUCAACGAUAUUUCCAAAGGACUGUCCAAGUACCCCUGUCAGAGAUCAAACCCCUCGUCCGCACGUUUCCAAGUCUCCUAGCUCAUCCCCAGAACAUUAUAUGUACCACUCUGUUCAUGAAAGCAAUUUUCCCGUUGGCGGAGGGAUACGAGACAACGAACCUGAUUCUGCGACCAGUGCGCGUGGCAAAACCCCGGACUGUCAAACCGAACAAGAGUCGCCCAGUACCUCUAAGAUAUGCCCUGCAGUGUCCCAACCCGAAGAUUUAUCUGCAUCGAGAAUCUUCACUCAUGAAGAGGCGCAGAGUAUGUAUAUGAGUGCCAUGAGCCAGUCAUCUACAACAAGCUUUGAUCCCGAUAUGCCUGGGGCGUGGGGUUCUUCUAAACGGAUAGAUACUUCAGACCCUGAUCAGAAGGAACAGCCAUUGAGUGGCGACACUGAUACAGAAGCCAAAGGAGCUUCACAUGAUUUCGAUACUUCCCAGAAUUCUCCCGAAGCUCAGACUGGUGAAGACGAUGAAAGAGAGAGCGUCCAUAAUUCACCACAAUAUAUUUCCGGUGUUGUUAAGGAGAUACUUGCUAUCGAUAGGAUAAUCAUCUGGUUACCCUCUGUAGAUAGUCAGGACAGCGAGGAAAUCCCGAAGACCGACAUCGAUAGUAAGCCCGUCGACCCCAUGGUGGAGUCAACUAUUACUUUAGCGGAUUCUGUCACGCCUGACCUAUUGGCAAACACCAGGUCACGACUUGCCCAGAGUGCUUUCAGGAGAGGCUCCGUUAGUUCAAUUGUCUCCUCGCGGCACCUGCCCAUAUCCCGUACAAAGCCCACGACUCAAAAACACGAGGACUUUGAUGGUCUGAAUGAUCCCCAAACUACGCGUGCGGUGGAGAUAGAUAUUACUUCGUUAACUGCCAAACUUGAUAUAGCUUCCGGGUGGCUCCUGGUCAAAAUAGGCCAAAGGAUCACCGAUGUGUCUACUUCGACGAGCAAGCAGACCAAGAUUUCAGAGGCAGCAAGCGAAGAAUCAUCGCCUUCAUUUUUCCGGCUGAAUUUGACAUCCUGUUCACUCAAAUUCCUGGAGCGUGUGCCUGCUCAGCCAUAUCCUUUAUCCUCAGCGCCAUCGUUAUCUCAGUUACAAAGCGGAAUCCCCAUCGAGGAAACCAUUUUGCACCUGACCUUAUCAGGAACCAGCAUUGAUUUUGCAGCCAUUGGAAACACCACGAAACUACGACUCGAUGUAAUGAAAUUUGUUCUUGGACAUAUGUCAUAUGACAUCAUUUCUUUCGAUGAAAGCUUGAGAAUGCGUGAAUCCACGCGAGAUGUUACGUCUCCUGGACAAAAAGAUAUCUCAUUGCGGGUGAUCAAAUCUUCUGAAUCGACCACUGUUAAUUUAACCACUCUCCCAAUCUGCUUGUCGCUGGACCUCCAAGAACUCGACGAGACACUGGGUUGGUUUGGAGGUCUAAGCACCGUCCUUGAAUUAGGAAGCUCUAUUGCAUCCGCGUCCACAGUUAAAGGGGAGCAACCUUGCUCACCUCCCCGACCCCGCCGGGGUGUACACUUUGCGGAUCCGGUGCCUCCUUCGAGCCCGUCGACAACGAAUCACGCCGCGCUAAAAGCAAACUGUAGGAUAGGUGGCAUUGUGCUACGAGUCAUCGGGGAACACUGCACAGUUCAGCUUGGGACUACUGCAGCGAAGCUGGUGAGCCGAUUUGAGGGAAUCGCUCUCCAGAUAGAUAAAGCUAGUGUUGGUGGGCCUCAUCUGCGCAAAGAACCGUCCCCUUCCCCUCCUUCCUUGGACUUUGAAAAUAUACGAUUUGAGUACCUAUAUGGGCCAAAGGAAGUUGAUUUAGACCGGUUACUAGGGCUCCUAACGCCCUCCAAGGACAAAUUCGAUGAGGAUGACGAUAUUAUGCUUGAUACACUCUUUAGGCAGCGUAGACAGGGUGCUGUCCUUCGCUUGACUGUCGGUCAUGCGGAUUUUGCCGUCCCUAACCCGACGGCCUUGCAACCCUUGUCCCAUCUCGGCGAAGAGCUGGCCAAGCUUGCCACCGUUGCGAAGUAUCUGCCCCAAGAUGAUAGACCUGGAAUUCUCAUCUUGGCUCUUGUUCGAGAAUUUGAAGGCCGGGUCCAUGUUAAUAAUGAGGCUGGAGACAUAACUAUUAUUUCCCAUAAUCUUGAGGCGGGAUAUGUAACUUUCCCAUCCCUCCUUGCCACCCGAAUUUCAACGGUCACCGUUGUUCGCAAUGGCAGCGAGGAGUUGGUAGCUGAGGUCAUACCCGAGGACACGGAAGAAGCACGAACUCAUGAUCCUCUACCAAUGAUAAUGGCCCGGUUUAUUGCUGAUGAAAUGGAACCAACUGUCAAAAUCAAGCUAUAUAAUGUGAGAGUGGAAUAUACGGUUCCAUCCAUUACCGCGUUCCUUGGUCUGAAUAAUCAGAUGGCCGCCGAGGACGUCGCUGCCAAUAUGGCUCAAUCGGUCCUAAAUUUGGCUGACCUCAAGGCCCAUCACGAACCUGGGUCAGAUCUCUCGGAACGGGACUCAAUUGGCUCCGGAGACGACAGAUCAGCCAUGCUUCCAAGAUUAUCUGUGGGCAUGAAGGAUUGCGGUAUUGGCCUCAAUCCUCGCAAAUCACCAGCUAAGGCUCUUGUAAUUUUCACUCGCGCAAGUUUCAGCGGUGCUCUCCAUGAAACCAAACCCUCUGAAGCCUUGCUCGAUAUUCGCAAAGCGUCUGUUAUGAUUAUUGAUAAUGUUGAGAAUCUCGGGUCAGCAGAAAACUAUCGCCACAGGAUGUCUAGCGGGGCUCGAAGCGGCCAAAUUCAGCAUCUGCAGAGUAUUGGGUUUGUUCCCGUCUGCGACAUAUCGUCAGCAUCCGUUGCACUCAAGGUAAUGCAGCUGGAUGUGGAAGGGGAAAAGUCGUUAGAUAUCGAGGUCAGGGACGAUCUGCUUGUUUUGGAAACCUGCGCCGACUCCACGCAGACCUUAAUAUCCAUUCUAAGUGGCCUUGCUCCUCUCUCCCCUCCUAUUACCGAGCGAAAAUACAGGACAGAGGUUAUACGAAUUGAGGAUAUGCUAAAUUCCCUCUCUGGGGACGCUUUCGCUACGGACAUAGUUCCCGAUUCUGAUUAUGAGGUUGAGGGUGAAAAUGACGGCCAAGACGGCGAUGGAGCUGAAGAGAUUGAAUAUGUCAGCGUGUUCUAUCCUUCUCACGGGGAUUCUGGGCCACAAGGGCGCGGUGCUACCACUCCUCGGUUCGGUAACGAAGGAUCUGCUAGUGCAGGGACCAGUCGAAUACUUGGCAGCUUCCAUUCCGAGGCUCAAAUGUCUUCCAGCAUUCCCGAACUUGAGUUCCAAGAGGACCAUUUCGCGAAGCAGUCGGCAGUUGGUGACACUGCCCACAGGUGGGAUUCAUCUCGCAACACGUACACACUUGCAACCGAAGUUAAACUUCGUGACAGUCCUCUUCGGAUAAGAGUCCGAGAUGUUCACGUAAUCUGGAAUUUGUACGACGGUUAUGACUGGCAGCGCACAAGAGAUACUAUUUCCAAAGCUGUUAGGGACGUCCAAGCCAAGGCAGCAGAGAAAUUUGCAAGAAGACCUGGAAACAGAUUAUCUGCGGAUUUUGAGGAGGAUGAGGAGUCCGUGAUUGGGGACUUUUUGUUUAAUUCGGUCUAUAUCGGUAUCCCUGCUAAUCGAGACCCACGAGAGCUCUCUCAUGACAUCAACCGAAAUAUUGAUGAUUUGGCUAGCGAGACAAUGAGUUUUGCGACAAGCACCACGGUCACUGGCCUUCAGAACCAAGUACCCGGGACGAAACGCGAAAAACUACGUUUGGCACGGAGCAAACACCAUAAAAUGACAUUUGAGUUAAAAGGUAUUUCGGCCGAUUUGAUAGUAUUUCCCCCACACUCUGGGGAGACGCAAAGCUCUUUGGAUAUCCGUGUUGAAGAUCUGGAAAUAUUUGACCAUAUCCCAACGUCAACAUGGAAGAAAUUUGCUACAUACAUGCGUGACGUGGGUGAACGGGAAAUCGGUACGAGCAUGGUUCAUUUAGAAAUUUUAAAUGUCAAACCAGUGCCGGACCUGGCAGCUUCGGAGGUUGUCUUGAAGGCGACGGUUCUCCCGUUGCGUUUGCAUGUCGACCAAGAUGCAUUGGACUUCUUAAGUCGCUUUUUUGAGUUCAAGGACGACUCCGCUCCUAGUGAGCCCUCCCCAGAAGACGUGCCUUUCCUCCAGCGCGCGGAAGUAAAUGCUAUCCGUGUGCGACUCGACUUUAAACCGAAACGAGUGGAUUAUGCGGGCUUAAGGUCGGGCCGAACUACGGAGUUCAUGAAUUUCUUUGUCCUUGACGAAGCGGAUAUGGUCCUUCAACAUGUCAUCAUAUAUGGCGUUUCUGGGUUUGACAGGCUUGGAAGGACACUAAACGAUAUCUGGAUGCCAGACAUAAAGGCCAAUCAAUUGCCUACCGUGCUUGCCGGUAUAGCUCCAGUUAGAUCGCUUGUGAACAUUGGAGGUGGGGUUAAGGAUCUUGUCCUCGUCCCUAUGCGAGAAUACAAAAAGGACGGGCGGAUAGUCCGUAGCAUCCAAAAAGGUGCAGUUCAGUUUGCGAAAACCACUACAAACGAGCUAUUGCGGUUUGGGGCAAAAUUGGCCAUAGGUACUCAAACGGCUCUCCAAAGUGCCGAAGAUUUUCUCAAUUCACCGCGGGGCUCUCCCUCUCGACCUUCAACAUCUGACGGUCGAUGGGAUGACAAUGGUGUGGACGAAGGCGAAAGGCCACGCAUUUCAUUAUACGCAGAUCAGCCACUUGGAGUAGCUCAAGGUCUCCGUGGAGCCUAUUCUAGUCUCGAACGUGACAUCCUUAUGACUCGAGAUGCUAUUGUUGCUAUGCCCAGCGAAGUCCUGGAAAGUGGAAGCGCGACCGAGGCGGCUAGGCGACUGCUGGGCCGAACACCAACCGUGGUAUUACGUCCAGCAAUUGGCGCGUCGAAAGCGGUUUCUCAAACUUUGCUGGGAGUAUCAAAUGCGUUGGACCCGAAGAACCGGCGUAAAAUUGACGAUAAAUAUAAGAAGCAUAAAGUUUAAUACCGAUUAUUCUCGUGGACCUCUGCACCUUCUACACUCUCUAUCGGGCUGGCGUACGGCAUGAGAAUCGUAGGCAAAGAUUGACCCAUGAAGUGCGCCCCUAUUCUUUUUCGUUCUCUUCCUUUGAAUUUUCUAGCGUACAGAAGUGAGAAAUUGCAAACAUAUGCAUGGAUCCUAAGCAUAUAUUCCUAUUUAAAUGGACGGCGUUCCGGAUUUUGACACCAAUUGAUCUAUGAUUGCCCUUUAGCGGGUUUGCAUGUUGAAUGAAUGACCCCUUAGGGGAUACUCUUCCAUGUUGAUACUUUCAUUUGCUUAUGUUUCAUUGCUCUCUGCUUGCAGGAGCAUUUUUAAAACGUGACGAAGAUCAUGAAUAUCAUUUUGAAAUUGGCUAAAGGGAGAGGUAUAGAAUGUCAUAUAACCAUAUAAAUUGCCAAUGACCACUG